AUGGUUUCCGAAUUUGCACUGCUCUCCCCUCUCUUCGCUGUUCUCGCCUACGCUGCAGCCCCCCCUAGCGUUAUUCCCACUCUUGCCAGUUUUGAUGGUUUGGAGCUUGGCCGCAUGGUUCAAGAUGUACAGAAGGCGAAAGAUGAGAUGGCGCUCAUGAAGAACUUUGUCGAAAGCCAGCCAGACCCGUAUAUCGACAUUCCCCCAAGAAUGUUCCCUGCCUGGGGAUGCCUCUACGACCGCGUUCAAUUCAAGGUUGACGAGGUCCAGAUCGCCAUUAGUGCCCACGAGGACAUUUCAAGCGUGGGACCCGAGACGAUGGAUAUUGCAGAAUCUGUCGCCACCGUUGAUACCACAACGGCUGGCUGGAGUAUAGAAGACUCUACUACUUUUGGCUUCGAGAGCUCUGUGAACCUUGGUUUCGGCGGUUUUGGUGCUUCCCUGGGUAUACAACAUAGCAACACGAACUCUAACGGAAAGAGCGGCGAGUCUAGCAACCAAAAGGAAUACCGAAAGGACGUUGGCAGGACUCGUGAAUGCCCCAAAAAAACCCACUGCUCGGUUCAGACCUGGACUUACAUGGCGACGCUCAAGGGACAUUGCCCCCUUAUCCCAAUGGCCGACCCCGUUUGCUGGAAGCUUCGUGUCGGAAAGGACUGGUUCCCGACCGAAUUUCCUGCGUACAAUAUCUUGGCAGAGAAUAAGCUUCUCAAGGGCAACCUUUCUCUUCCCGCCGUCCGCAAGCAGGACGACGCAUGGGACGCCAUCGGUGACAAAUACUUCACCAUGACAAACAAGGACGGCUCGCCUACUGGCCCAGUUCUGCCCAAGGAGUUUGUCGAGAAUGUGUGGUGGGCAGAUGAGGCCAAAUAUAGCAUCAACUACAAGCUCACCACCCCAUGCACAGUCACUGCUCCUAUAAUGGAUAGCAAGGGAAACCCCAGAAGAACCCAGGUUUCUCUCAAGGUUCAGGGCGGCAAGUUUGUUUCUCGGGAUGAGGCCCUGGAGCCUACGGGUUACAACUUUACCGUCCUUGAUGUCCUUGAGAGCGCCUUCGAUUAG